AUGUCUGUGAAUGGCCUGAACGAAGAUCUGGACUACCUGGAUGCUGACGAUUACGACCCGGUAGACCACCUCAACGAGAUAUUUACUCAUCCCUCGAUCCUAUCCUCAGUAGGCCGAACCUAUGAAGUGCUUACAUCCUACCAAGAUGACCUCGAGGACGAGAUCGAUCUCCUCGAAGAGGCUCAGAAUCGAGCUAAUGCGGAAUGCCUUGCACGUAUGGAAGCCUCAAAGGCUGAGCUGGCCGAACUCUUCAAGCGUAUUGACGGUGUACGGGAACGGGCAUUGCGAACCGAACGAAACAUCACCGAGAUGACAGCUGAUAUCAAGCAAUUGGACAACACCAAGAAGAACCUGACACUGUCAAUGACUGCAUUGAAGAGGCUACAAAUGCUGACCACGGCAUACGAACAAUUAAGAGCAUUGAUCAAGACCAAGCAGUACCGCGAAUGUGCCCAGUUGUUACAGGCCGUCAUUCAGUUAAUGGCAUAUUUCAAGUCUUACAGGUCAAUAGAGCAGAUUGCUGCUUUAAAUAGGAAUGUCUCGGAGCUACAAAGAGAGCUACUGGAACAAGUUUGUGAGGACUUCGAAAUAAUCUUUGCGAAAGAGGAAGUACUUCAGAAACAAGGUCUGCUGCAUGAAUCAUGCUUGGUAGUCGAUGCGCUGGGUGACGCUGCACGAUCCCGCCUAAUAACAUGGUAUUGCAAUACAGAACUACGGCAGUAUAGAACCAUAUUUCGGAGCGAUCAGGAAGCUGGAUCUCUGGACAAUAUCGAUCGAAGAUAUGCUUGGUUCAGAAAGACUAUGAAGACAUAUGAUGAAGAACAUGCUGCCAUUUUCCUUCAACACUGGCACGUAGGCGAGAUACUCGCUCACGUCUUUGCACAGGGUACACGUGAGGAUUUCAAGGCUAUUCUCUCAAGGUCAACCAGAGGAGGUCAAACUCUAGAUGUCAGGUUACUCCUAGCAUGCUUGCAGCAGACCCUAGACUUUGAGCACAGCUUGGAGCGCAGGUUCAAUAAUACGUCCAGAACCUCAACGGAUACGACGACCUCGGCCACCGAGCCGACUAACCAGCUUGUCUCGAUCUCCGAAGCUUUUGAGCCCUACCUUGAACUUUGGAUUGACCAGCAGGACAAAGAGCUGGCAAGACUUAUGUCAGAGUACAAAUCACGACCGACACGGCCGCCAGAUGAGGAGUUCAAUGCUGAGCAUGUCAUACCAUCCUCAACGGAGUUAAUCAAAUUCUAUCAAUUAUCCUUCAACCAGUGCGCAAAGCUUUCGACAGGACAGCCACUUCUCGACCUAACCAGGGUCUUUGGCAAAUAUCUCGAACAAUAUUCGCAGCAGGUCCUGCUUUUCUACAUAUCCGAGAAGCCUAGUGGAAGCACACCGUCUCGAGUACCGACCAUUGAAGACAUAAUAUUAACCUUAAAUACUGCUGACUACUGCUACAACACAUCUAACCAGCUCGAGGAGAAGAUCAAAAGUCGUAUAGACGAUCAGUACCGCGUGCAGGUCGACCUACAAAGCCAAGCUGACGCUUUCAUGGGCAUUGCAAGUGCUGCCGUCCGUGGACUCGUUCGCAGAGUUGAGGUUGACUUGGAGCCGUCCUGGCGCGAAAUGCGUAAUACCAACUUCGGCAGAAUUGAAGUUUGUGAGAACAAUAGCUCUUACAUUCCUGGUCUACAACGCAAAAUCAAAGACCGGACAUCUUCGAUCUUGCAGUCUCUACAUAAACAGCAAUAUGCUCGAGCAUUUGCCGACAACCUUGUCGAGCUUCUCUCGAAUACGUAUCUUGCCAAUAUUGGCCAAUGCAGGCCGAUAUCUGAGGCGGGAGCUGAGCAGAUGCUCCUCGAUACGCACGAGAUCAAGAGAACAUUGUCACAAAUCUUGCCAGGAAAUCCACCUCCAGCCGCAUUCCUGAAAAGAGUUAACGCUGCCAUGGGAAAGAUCGAACCACUUCUGAAAACACUGCAGGUCAAUCCUUCUCCACCCGAGGCACUAGUACAGGCAUACCUCGUGCAUAUUGCUGAUUUGUCGGACAACAACUUCAAGAAAAUCCUGGAGAUGAAAGGCAUCAAAAAUCGUUCAGAGUAUGCGCAGCUCGUUGAACUCUACCAAAUGCACAAACUCAGCCCACGAUACCAAGGCAGUCUUGUGGAAAGGUCGCCGGUGCUCAGCUCGCUCAAUGGUGUACCUAGUGGUAACCCUAGCCAAACAUCGAACACUCCAAGUGGUGGUGCUGCAGCCCUACAAAACUUGUCCGCUCUUGGAAAUUCUGCCGCUGCCUCACUGAGUACCGCGAACCUGCCAGGAAAUAUUAACAUGAAAUUUGCGGAUGGCAUUGGAUCGGCACUAAUGGAUCGCUUUUCCUCAGCGACACCAGGACUUGGUGCGCCGUCGCCAAGAGAAGAUGCUCAAAGUCCUCCUCCUUCGUCCUUGAACAUACCAAACCUGACCGUAACACCAGCAGUAGUUGAAAACGUAAAUGGUGAUGGAGAUGGUGAUACAGGAACCAAGCUCAACGAAAACUUGAAGAACAUUGGGAAGUUCUUCAAGCGUGAUCUAGGUAGCUUUGGUGGCAUAGGUCGUUUUGGUGGAAGCAAAAGCGCCAGUCCUGCACCACCCGAAGACCGGACAUGA